GAAUAGUCCUUGGACUCCUUGUGCACCGUACUUGACAAAAAUCGUAGCGUCAUAGGAGCCCCUUAAAAUUCCCCGCCCUCCAUCUUUUGACCGACUGCAACUGCUGGUGCUUUCAUUCCAUCCUCUUCCAAUCUCUCUCCCUCUCUCCUCUUCUCAGGCGCUUUCAAUUCCGAGGCAUGUUGAUGACUACUAAGAGACAGGAGAUUUUGGGAUUGCAGAAGAACAAGGAUUUGCUUUCUCAAUUAUCUUCUUUUCAGACCCUGCUGGAUGAUGUUUAUGGAUCUACCUGUCCCAGCAUUGACGACUAUGCCAAUAGAAGAGAUUUGAUUCGUAUUUUUAAUGAUAUCGUUAGGGAAAUGUAUGGAAAUGAAGAAUGCCCUGUAGUGGAGAAUUUUGGAUCAUUCUUGAUGAAUAUGUUCAAUGCUAAAAGUGACCUCGAUUUAUCAAUUAAUUUUAGUGAUAAGUUGUUUGAAGCUGAUCGUAUUGCAAAAAUCAAGACCCUCCGCAAGUUUGCAAAGAAAUUCUAUGCCCUUCGAAAGAAAGGACAUGUUACAACUGUGGAGCUGAUCAUGUCGGCUAGGGUGCCUGUAUUAAAAGUUACUGAUUCUGGAUCUGGAAUUGAAUGUGAUUUUUCAGUUGGAAAUAGAGACGGUAUUGCUAAAUCCCACAUUGUGCUCUUGAUUUCGGCUAUCGAUGAAAGGUUUCAAAAGCUAAGUUUUAUGUUGAAAGCAUGGGCUAAGGCACAAGAUAUCAACAGCUCUAAAGAUGGUACACUGAAUUCUCUAUCACUGAUAACUCGGGACAUCCCAAUAUUACCUCCAUUUUCUGACAUAUUGAAAGAUGGAACAGACCCGGAGGCUGUGAAGAAAAUAAUUCCUAGAUUUUUGAAAUAUGGAAAACGAAAUAAAGAAUCUCUUGCUGAGCUCUUUGUAUCUCUGUUGGUUAAGAUUGAAUCAGUGGAAUCACUGUGGUCGAAGGGAAUUUGUGUUAGUACUUAUGAGGGAUCAUGGAUAUAUAAAAACUGGAAAGCAACGGGUUUGAUAAGAGUAAGCUGCCCGACUUUAUUAACUGAAAUGUAUGCCUGUAAAUUUUUAUUCAAUUUUUUUUUUUUUGAACAUAUUGGUCCUAUAGCUUCCUGCCUGAAAAUCUUGCAGAUCGAGGAUUUUACUGACAGGUCCCAGAAUACUGCAAGAGCAGUGAAGUCUGCUAAAAUUACCAAGAUAUAUUCAUGUAUACGGCGCUCUGUGGAACAGAUUCAGCUCUUUACCGAGGGAAUAAUUAGUGCUGACAAUUUAAAGAGUCUUUUAUUUGGUAAAGUUCCUCCUCCGACCAAGAAGAUAAUUGCAAAUGCCUAUGAUUCAAAACUAUCAAAGUCCGUCCCUCGAAAAAGAAAGAAGAAGUGCCCGACACAGGGGGCUCCUGCUGAGGAGCAAAGACCUGGAAAACAAGGUAAGCAUUGUCAUAGUCUUACCAGCACAAAAGUCCCAACACCCUCUAGGACAGGCAGGGUAAAAAAGAAGUUCAGAAAAAAAAGAAAAUCUGUCCAAGGCUCUGGAGUAAUUUUACCUCCACAUUUUAUGGAUGGCCAACCGCCUCCCUAUUCUAACCCUUAUGCUCAAGGUUCUGCAGGAUUUAUACCCGAUAGAACUCAUGUUGAGACUUUGAGACAUGCUUUACCGAACUGUCCUCCACACCAACCUAUUUCCUUUUCAGGUUAUGGAGGACUUAGACCAGAGAGAAAUCAUGAAAUAAUGAAAUAUGCUGAUUCCAAUUUUCCACAGCACCAACUGCCCUCUCAUUCUAAUCAUCUACAUAUCCAAGGUCAUAGUAGGUUUAGAUCAGAGAGAAGUCAUGUUCAUAAUUUAGGACAUGCUCCAAAUUUCCCGGCAGGUCCAUUUUCUGUUUUAAAUCCACCAGUACAAGGUUUUGGAAGAUAUAUGCAUGAUAGCAUGCAUGUUGAUACACCGAUCUACUCCGGCUCAAUGAGCCGACCACAUCCCCUUGCCAAUCUUGCUGCAGGAUUUGGACCUGAGGCUCAUGCUGAAACUAUAUACCAUCCUGCUACUAGUUUUCAAACAUCUCUUCCGUAUACUUCAUCCUAUAGACCAAGUAAUAGUGCAAUGCCUCCCCAUCAGCCUUACAUUCCUACUGCUCCUUAUACAGAUCCUGCUGGAUUGCAAAGACGGCAUGAUACUCGCCAAUCUUUCCCACAUGUACCUUACUACCCUUAUUAAGAUUUGGCCUUAAUGUAUUUGAUGGAUCAAUAGUCCAUGGACAUGGUAUAAUGCUAGCACAGUAGAUGCGCAAGCGAUAGUUGUUGCAUUGUAGACAAAAAAACACUUUUGUCGUUCACAUUAGUAUCAUCAACUUCCAUGAUUUUCUUUUCAAAACAGACUCGAGUAAGAUUUGAAAUCUGAAUUUUUUUUUUUUUUUUUUUUUGAAACCUAAUCUGAAUUUGUUUACUCUUGAGAGAAGAUAGCUUUAGGCUUGUUA